CGCGCGGAGGGCGCAGGCGCGGAGCGGGGCCGGUGCCGCACUGAGGGAGUGUCUGCGGCCGGGUUGGAGAGCGUUUCCCUGCGAGAGGAGGCCGGGCAGCGCGAGCUGAUGAACGAGGACAUCCGGAUCCAUUCCUGGCCUUGCUCCUACUACCUGGACGCCGGCAAACAAUGGAUCCCUGGGAAGCUCUCCCUGACUCCCGCUUCCAUCAAAUUCACGGCUGACAAAACGCGAGAGCUCCUGGUGGAUUUCCGUCUUUCCGGCGUCAGCGAGAUCAAGAAGGAAUCUUCCCAUUUGAUCUUCAGCUCCCUCACCGUGCUGGAGAAAGGCACCAAGCACUGGUUCGGCUCCCUGCGCCCCAACAGGAACGUGGUGUUCAACAUCCUGGAGCAUUUCUGGAGGGAGCAGCUGCUGUCCGGCCAGGAGGGGGGAGCGGGAGCGGCCUCGGAGUCCAGCAAGGGCAAGGAAUUGACGGGAAUGUUGGAGGGCUCCCAGAAACGCCUGGAGGACACGGCCAAGGCGCUGCACGCCCAGGGGGAGCAGUUCGACAACAUCAUGAGGGGACUCCACAAGAUCGAGGGGGACAUGGAUGUGGCUGACAGGCUGCUAACAGAGCUGGAAUCUCCCUCCUGGUGGCCCUUCAGCACCAAACUCUGGAAAUCCCCCGUGGAAGCGAAGCCCAAGGAAACCCCAGCGGCUCCCGAUCCCAAAAGCCAGGAGGAAAUCCUGCUGCGAAUCCCGGCGAUCAUCACCCACAGGACAGACUCCAGCGCCAAACCCGGCAAACUCACGGUGCUCCCCUCGGGCCUGGAGAUCCAGGAUUGCAAUUCCCAGCUCCUGCACCGCUUCGAGGCGCGGGACGUGGACGACAUCUGGGUGCACACCCCGUACGAGAUCAGCGUGCGGCAGCGGUUCAUCGGCAAACCCGACACCUCCUUCCGGCUCCUGGCCGCGCGCAUGCCCGAGGCCAUCCCCAUCCUGGAGAUGCGGUUCAGCAAGAAAAUCCAGUUCUUGGAGGAUGCUCUUGGGUUUGCCGGAGCCAGGAAGUCCCCUCAGGCGGAUUUGGGGACGUCCAUUUGGCAGGCAGCCACGGGAUUCCUGGGGGCCGCGGCGAGUCCCGAAGGGCCGCGCAAGGAGCAGGUGCAGCUGCAGAAGGUGUCCCAGGAGGAGGCCAGGGAGCUCCGGCAGAUCCUGAAGAAGCUCAAGGGGCUGGCGCUGGAGACGGAGGCGGAGCUGGAGCGGCAGGACGAGGCGCUGGAUUCCAUCGGCAGCUCCGUGGAUCGCGCCACGCUCACCAUCGAGCGGCAGAACCGCAGGAUGAGGAAGCUGACGUAGCUUCCCGCCGGAGCGGGAGGGUGGCGGAGCCGGGAUGUUCAGGACUGGAUUUUCCAGAGACGCUUUGGGAAGGGUUUGGGAUGAGGUUUGGAAAAUGGCGCUGUUGGGGGUGAGCGCCUGAGAGAAAUGAAGCGGUUCCUGGACUUGGAUGGUGGUUGGAUCUUGGAAAAUGGUUGGAUCUUGGAUAAUGGUUGGAUCUUGGAUAAGGUUUGGAUCUUGGACAGUGUUUGGAUUUUGGAUGAUGGUUGGAUCUUGGAUGAUGAUUGGAUCUUGGAUAAUGGUUGGAUCUUGGAUAAGGUUUGGAUCUUGGACAGUGUUUGGAUUUUGGAUGAUGGUUGGAUCUUGGAUGGUUGGAUCUUGGACCAUGGUUGGAUCUUGGAUAAUGAUUGGAUCUUGGAUGAGGUUUGCACGUUGGAGGAUGGUUGGACCUUGCAU